GAAGUGCACUUAUGCAUGUUGCAUUAAGAUAUUUGGGAUUAGCCCUCCUUCCUUUCAUGGAGAACAUCUCGUGCUGCAUGGAGCAUUUUUUUAAAUAGACACUAUCGCCCGUGACACGUGUUCACGAGUAAACAAGUUCGGAUGGGUUCACUUUUAUCUGUAGAACAGUGUUGUGUUUUAUAGUGAGUUAAUAAGCGUGUGAGGAAGCUUUGGGUGGGAUUUUAACUCCUGUGGACGCAUUGGGUUGAGUUGACUCACAUCAGGAUGGACGGUGAUGAUCUGAGAGACAGUGUUCUUAUUCAGUUGGACGUGGAGAAUCUUAAUCCUGCGAUCGGUAAACACGAGAAACAAGCCAAGUCUGAGUUUUGCACCACUCGGAAAUGCUACUCUUAUAUAAAGAAGAAGACCUUUGCAACAUUUGUGGCAUCUAAAAGGAUCCAAACACCUACAGUAGACACCUUGACACUUUGGCACUGCUGUGGAGAGGCAUUCUCAGACCCUUCGUCCAUCCACAAACACGUGUCCAAUGUCCAUGCGAAUGAGAUUGACGAGCUCAGCGGUGCAGCUCUGGCUGAAAUGCUGAAGCAAACCAACGCAGACGGCUCUGUACAUGAUGAUCGGAAUGACUGCCAGUCAAAAGACGCUUGGAUGCCUGACAUAAGCCAUCUUUCUGAGGACAUGCUUACCAAAGGUCCAGGUGAAGUCAUCUUAUAUUACUGCUAUUGUCAGAUAAAAGAGCCUAGGUUUAUUUGUGACUGGCAGAACGAGCUGUGUUCAAAGCUUCACCUCACCGGCAAGGUCCGUUUGGCCACAGAGGGCAUCAACGGAACAGUCGCUGGAACCAAAACAGCCACAAGUCUUUACAUCAAGGCAAUGCUGGCACAUCCCAUUUUCCAAGUAAUGCAAAUGAAAGAUUUUAAGACUAGUGAAGGGGGUGGGAAGUGCUUUCCCGAACUUAAGGUUGGAGUGUACAAAGAAAUCGUCCCAAUGGGUGUGGAUCCAGAUAUAAUCUCCUACAGAUUAGCAGGAACACAUUUGGAGCCGGAGGAAUUCCACAAGAAGGUGCAAUCUCUGCUCAAAGACGUUUCAUUGAACAGCGAUACAAUUCUGCUGGACUGUAGAAACUUUUAUGAGAGUAAAAUAGGCCAGUUUAAAAAUUGUUUGGCGCCAGAUAUCCGCAAAUUCAGCUACUUCCCUGACUACGUGGACAAGAACCUGGACCUGUUCCGCAAUAAGAAGGUGCUGAUGUACUGCACUGGGGGGAUACGGUGCGAACGAGGGUCAGCAUAUCUCCGUUCAAAAAACGUGUGUAAAGAGGUGUACCAGCUGAAGGGCGGCAUUCACAAGUAUCUGGAGCAGUUUCCUAAUGGUUUCUACAGGGGCAAACUUUUUGUUUUUGAUGAGCGUUAUGCAAUCUCCUUCAACGAUGAUAUCAUCUCAGAUUGUAGGUACUGUGGGAUUCCAUGGGACCAGUAUCAGCUCUGCUCUACUGAUUUCUGCUACCAGCUUGUCCUAUCCUGUACUUCUUGCAGGCAGAAAAGCCUUACAGCCUGCUGCCCCGUGUGCCAAGCCAAAGAGCCGACACCAGGCGGCAGCCCCUCGAGUGGACAGAUGCAUAAAGAAGAGUGUGAAUGUACACAGUCCCGGCCCAGAAUCCCUAAAGACACUUUAUAAUGAGCAGCUUUCGGAGACCUCCUUACAAUAUACUGUAUUUAGAGGAAGACUUCUGUGACUAAGGACAAAGUUGUAGAAAUACAGUAUUAUAAAGGUCUGGGCAUGAUGAUGAAUAUAUAUAUCAAUAUAAUGAUAGAUUUUGUCACAAA